GGGAGACAGACUGGAACUCAAUUCCACACAGGCGAACCUAUACGGGCUCAGAACAACGGUCUCUCCUGCAGCACACACAUGCACACACACGCACACACACAGCUGGCUGUGGAUUCUACAUCUUGUUCCAUACAUCUGUAGGCCAUUUUGCCGGAAAGUUAGUCAGACCCACCUGAGGGAGCAGGAGGAUGGAGAACAACAUGUGAGCGAUCCGUGCGCCACUGUCGACAGCAUGCUUCGCCUCCUCCAGACCUUGGCUUUCUGCUUCGGCUGUUUUUUGCUACUUCACAGGCAGGCUGUGGCUGACGAAGAGGCUCUCUGGGGGCAGACGCCAUCAAGAGAAAACGCACCUGAAAAUAGACAACGCUCUAACUGGUGGACCCCGUCUCUGCCAAAGCUCCCUUCCUUUCCCUCACUACCAUUCCAAAUCCCAAUUCCCUUUUAUGGAAGCUCGGACAGUAAAGAGAAGGCUGUUGUGUUGACCACAAACGCCAAAAGUCUGACAGAACCAGUUGAUCACUUGCAAGACCACUUGGUGUCAGGUGAAGGGAGCAUUUUUGAAACCUCUGAACCACCAACGACUGGGACUCGGGGGCUCCUAGCUAGCGUGACAAAGACAAGAACAGAACCACUUCACACAGGGACAUCAGAUUCUCCACACAGCAGCAUAGCGCAGAGCUACAAUGAUACUCUUGUUUUAGACUCCUACUCUCCCACAAGCAGUUAUGUCAGAAACACUCUGUUCACCAACAGUCCCGCCAGCACAAGCGCUCCUGAACAAAAUGCAACACAUACUCACCCACCACAGGGAACUGCACGAGCAGCCGGACCCAGCAAGGCUGCCACUUCACAACACCCCCCAUCACACACUGAUAAAGAGGAGGCUGAAAAUUUAACAGUAAAGAUCUGGUCAACGAUAGCACCAGAAACUACAGUUCCUACUGCCUUGACACGGGCAGCAGCCCAAACCACAACAACAAAUCCAGGACUGGUGGACACCACACAAGCCAGCACACACACUCUGGGGCCUGUUACUACCCCUACUCCCUCAGAAACCACAUUUGUCAGACAACCACACGACCCGACUGUCAGUAUUACUCUCCAUGCUGGAGAGGCCACAAUGACAGAAACCCACCCCACUCAGAGCGAGGCUGACCUGGGCUUCUCCCAGGCCAGGUCGGGGCCCAUGGAGGGACAGCCGGUGGUAAUCACCACAGCCAUGGUGAUCGAUCACAAACCUGUGCCAGAAUCCAUAAUAAGCACAACUCAGAGCCAAAGCGUUCACUUCUCAAUAGCAGGAGACCUGCCAGGCAAAGAGGAUAAGGAGGAUGAGGAAGGUGUGGUUCCUUCAGCAGAUGGGGAUGGUGACACCAGUUUGGCAGACACUUCCACGCUAUCCACUAAGCUCCUAACAACAUCCCUUCCACUGAGCACAGAGAGCAUGCUGACGUUUGGAGGGACCUGUCAUGAGGUGCCAUGUGUUCCCUGGUGGAUGAUGCCAUCUGGCCUGGUUUACAGCGGGCUGCUAAGGCCACCGUGA